UUGUGGUUCGUUACGGGGGCUGCUUUAUAAACCGGGAGCUGUCCUGGUGCUGAAAAUAUCAACCCAACUGACAAACAGGGGGUGGGGGAAGAUGUUCUCGCUCGAACCGGCUUCACAUUAAAUCGCAGCCUCUUCCAGCCGAACCUCCCGAUAACUAAUAGACGGCGGACACCGACAGCUUUGCACAACUCUGGGCAACAAUAAAGAUGGCGAUGUUGAAGACUUUCACCAUGCUAACCCUCAGCCUCCUGCUCAAUGCCCAGAGUCUACGCGCCGCUUCUCUGGCGCCCUACAGAUACGACCCGGGGUCCUUUAAAGAAAACGCCUACGGCUAUCCAGAUCCUAACAUGAUCAAAGCCCUGGAGUUCAUUGAAAAUUUAAGACAGAAUAACGAAGACCAGUCGGUGGCUGACUACGACGCGAGGGGAGCCCCCCGCCCCUUUCAAGAACCCCUCUUUCAAAAGUCGGAGGGAAGGGAUCGGGUAAAUCAAGAUGCAGACAGCGCCGGCGAUUCUUCAGACGAGGACAGGGCUGAAUGGGCCAAACUUUUACUGCUGCAGGCGUUGGUGCAAGCGGAGAGCCAGACUAGGGCGAAUGGCAAGCCUUACCGACCAGAAGGCCGGUAUUACAAACAAGAGGACGAGGCGAUGGAUUUUGGAGGUAACCGACAGGACUAUAACGACGACGACAUGAAAGAUAAGCUGUCAAGGAGACACCACGCUGCCUAUCUGGAGGACGGCUACAACGUCAACCCUUACAAGCGCACCAACGAGAUCGUGGAAGAACAGUACACUCCACAGAGCCUCGCAACAUUGGAGUCUGCCUUCCGCGAACUCGGGACCUACUCGCCCCCGCGCAAGGAGCAGACAAGAUUGGAGGAAGAGCAUGUUCGCAAAGACGAGGAGGAAGAUGAUGUCUCCCCGGCCAACGGCUUUGCCUACGAGGACGUGGCGGACGGAGAAGAUUGGAACUCGGUAGAAAUGAAGACCAGGCAUCGCCAUCGGGAGGACGAGGACCUCGAGAGGGAGCCCGAGGGCGCGGGCUACAAUGUGAAGAAGCCUCUGGAUGAGGUCGAGUUGAAUCAUCUGGACUCGCGGGAGAAGGCGCCCAGAGAGAUGGGCGGUGAGGAUGAGAGGGCGGACGCCGCCAUGGACCUGAUGUUACAGUAUUAUAAGAGGCUGCAGGACAGAAUGCACGGGGGGCAACCCGGGAGGGGGGCUGCAAACGCAGGGGAAGAGAGGAACGCGGAGAGCGAGAAGGUUGCCCGGGGAACGGAGGAUGAAGCUGAGCCUGAACUUCUGGACCAACUGGUCGAACUGUCCAGCAGAUUUCAGAUCCCGCCUGAUGACAUCCUCAAAAUGCUAAAGGACGUGGAGCAGAAGAAGCAAGCGGCCGGGACGGAGGUGGACUCUGAUAUACCGGACACUCCCCAGGAGAGCUCGGAGAUAGGCGGCCGCCGAGAUAGCAAGAGGUUCCGAGAUGCUUACAGCAGAGGCCGCUUCUCCCAGCACAACGCCGAUGACGAUCUCACCACCGAAGACAUCCUGAACAUCUUGGGGACGGGCGACAGGAUGUACGAGAAGCCGGAUUACUUCCGAAAAGCGGAUCCGUUGAAAGGCAGCCGCCGCCAGCCGGCACCUUACCAGAGUUACCAAGGGCAUCGCGGCUACGACUGGGCGCGGAACGGGGAGGCGACUGAGCCAGAAACGGGCAACCGAGCCACGGCGGUGGACGAGGACGAACUGGCCAGAUACCUGGAGAGGGUUGUGGCCAGGAAUCCCGAGCUGCUGAACUCAGUGGGAGUCCCGCGGGCCCGGCAGGACUGGCCGCUAGAUGACCAAGCGGAGACCGACAGUUACCAGGACGCGGUGCAGGAGUUACUGCGCGGUCUCAGCCCCCGGGAAGCCGCAGAGGUUUUGUCCGUGGCCAACAACAACAGCCCGAGCUACACGGGCAACGCUCACCACGCCCCGCGGAGGCAGCAGAAAGGGGAAGAUUUCGCGUCCAUGGUGCUGAAGCUAAAAGAAUUCGUCAACCAACAGAACGGCGACAGGGACCGGGCAGCGAAGGAAUCAAACAGAGAAAUGCUGGGCAUUGAACAGUAUUAACGGAGACCAGCAACACGGCGGAUAGCCAUCUGAUGGCAACACACACCCAGUCGCGAUUUCAGACGGUAGGAUCCAAGGACAAUAACAUAGAUAUAACACCUCUUGUGAAUGAUACACAGGCCGUUGUCACAGGCGUCCUGGCAAUUCUUUACUUGUUAAAAUGUACUUUUCAUGAUGAGACAGUUAAAAAAGUCAUGAGAUGUUGACAUUGGCUGAAACGACCCCAUCGUGCAUGGUUAAACCUUAGUAGAAACGCGUGCGUGGUUUGAUUUUGUUUAAUAAACGUAUUUUGUUUCUUAUUAACCAAAUGAACUCGUUAUUAUCUAUCUAUAUAUGAUUUAUGUGCUGAGAAGAAAAUAAAGUGGCAUUAAGAAAAAAAA